GUGACGGGCGGGGUGCGCUGAGCGGGGCAGGCUGGGCGGAGCAGGAGGCGGAGGCUCAGGCAGCGGCCAUGGCGUCCGAGCGGCUACCCAGCCGGCCCGCCUGCCUCAUCGUGGCCAGCGCCGCCGCCCGCGGUGUGUCAGCCCACUCAUUCCUCCACUGCUUCACCAUGGGCAGUGCCGCCUUCAACCUGCAGGUGGCCACACCAGGGGGCAAGGCCAUUGACUUUGUGGGCGUGAAUGAAAACAGCGUGCGCUGGAUCCAGGACUUCCGCAUGAAGGCCUACGCCAGCCCCGCCAAGCUGGAGUCCAUUGAUGGUGCCAGGUAUCAUGCCCUGCUGAUCCCCAGCUGUCCUGGGGCACUGACUGACCUUGCCAACAGUGGGUACUUGGCCAGGAUCUUGGAGCACUUCAGCACUGAGCAGAAGCCCAUCUGUGCCGUGGGGCAUGGUGUGGCCGCCCUCUGCUGCGCCACCAGGGAGGAUAAGUCUUGGGUGUUUCAGGAUUACAGCAUGACGGGGCCCUCUGUUUAUGAGCUCAUCCGACAGCCUGGCUUUGGCAGCCUGCCCAUCAUCAUGGAAGACUUUGUGAAGGAUGCUGGGGCCAGCUUCAGUGCCAGCCAGCCAGAUGCCCUGCACGUUGUCCUGGAUCGGCACCUGGUCACAGGCCAGAACGACGCCUCCACGGUCCUGGCAGUGCAGAACCUGGCCUUCCUGUGUGGCAGCAGGAAGUAAGUGGAGACCUUGGCUGUGGCUUCAGGAUGCGAGAUCAAUGACCCCUGUGUCCUGUGGACCUGCCUGGGUGGAAGCAGCUUCAGCCAAGCCCCUCCCUGGGGGGAUGGGGGGGAUGCAGUGACACUGAAAGUCCCCUACCCCAGCAGCGCCUCCUUUUUCAUCUGGGUGGCUUCCCCUUCUAGAGCUGAGCCCACGCCCCCCCCUUCCCUGAAUUUCCUCCCUUGAGCCCAGGAGAGCUGCCUGCCACAUGCUCUGUGCCCUGGUUGGAGUCGUUCCCAUCCCUGGCCACCCAGGCCUUCUCAGAAUAAGUGGGCAGUGCCCCUCGCUGACCCAGCACUAGGACACUGGGGCCUUGGCUGGGCCAGGCUCAUGCACACACAUUAAUAAAAAGAAAAUGAGCAACCACCCAGA